ACCCUCAUAUAGAUUUAAAAGCGAGUCAGAAUCCGUCUGAAUGACAGUCAUUGAGUGCGGGACAUCGUCAGCAGAAAACUCAGCUGGCUAUCUUAGUCGCUCACUCGUCCCAUUUGCCUAGGAUGCUACGGUCACUGCAGCUUCGCCAAAGCGUCAUCGCGCUUUUCUUAUGGUUCGCUCAUUUUAUGGAUGAACACAAAGUGCAAGCUGGCAAUUGCUGGCUUCAGCAAGGGAAGAAUGGAAGGUGUCAGGUCCUCUAUAUGUCUGGGAUGAGUCGGGAGGAGUGCUGCAGGGGUGGCCGCCUGGGCACCGCGUGGACUGAGGAGGAUGUGCCUAACAACACUCUCUUCCGGUGGCUGAUCUUCAAUGGCGGAGCCCCGAAUUGCAUUCCAUGCAAAGAGACAUGUGACAACGUAGACUGUGGUGCGGGAAAGAGGUGCAAGAUGAACAAAAGGGACAAGCCGCGCUGCAUCUGUGCCCCCGACUGCUCCAACCUCACUUGGAAGGGCCCCGUGUGUGGGUCAGACGGCAAGACAUAUCGCACCGAGUGCGCCCUCCUCCGGGCUCGCUGCAAACGACACCCGGACCUGACUGCCCAGUAUCAGGGCAAGUGCCGAAAAACGUGCCAUGACGUGCAGUGUCCAGGAACCUCGACGUGUGUGGUGGACCAGACUAACAGUGCCUUCUGCGUGACGUGCAAUCGCCUGUGCCCUGAGGCAUCACUACCGGAGCAGUACCUCUGUGGGAAUGAUGGAAUUGUUUAUGCCAGUGCUUGUCACCUCAGGAGAGCCACGUGCAUUCUGGGAAGAUCCAUUGGAGUUGCAUACGAAGGCAAAUGCAUAGAUGCCCGGUCGUGUGAGGACAUCCCCUGUCGCAGUGGAAGGAAGUGUCUGUGGGACACGCGCACCAGCCGGGGUCGCUGUGCCGUGUGCGAGGAGGCCUGUCCGGAGGGGGGCACCGGGGAGAGCGUGUGUGCCAGCGACAACACCACCUACACCAGCGAGUGCGCCAUGAAGCAGGCCGCCUGCGAGAAAGGCCUGGUCCUGGAGGUCAAACACUCCGGGUCCUGCAACUCCAUCUCUGAAGAGCUGGAGGAGGAUGUGGAAGAUGAGGACCAGGACUACAUGGAUUAUACUUAUGUGUCUCCCCUUGUGACUGGAUAGUCCAACAUUGAUAAUGGGACACUCGAAUCUGGCCUGCAGAGUCGUGUUUAUAACUGUAUAUACUGCGUGUGCUUAUUUAUUUUACGUGGAAGGAAACAGACACGGUUAUGUCUCAUUGUGUGUUCUGGAUGUCUAUUUAUAAUACACAUUUGUUUUUGUUUUUUUUCUCUUCCUAUUUAUACAUCUGCAGUGGCUGACCAACUGUAUACCUAUAUCUCACACUCUGUAUAUUACCCUCUAGAGAAAUUUUAUUUAUUAUGAGGUGCAAUGCUACCCAGUGAAUGUUAGAAGUCUUUGGUAAGCUGUAUAUUGCCUAUUUGGUGAUCUGUACAAAUAUUGUAUGCUCUUGUGUUGGUCAUUUUUAUCUCCAGUCUUCAAGUGGAAUACAACGUUAACCUGCAUGUGGUUUAUUUAAUGGAAAAUCUGAUGCUCACUAAUAAAUGUAUGGCUAGUGUGAGAAAUGGAUCUGUUUUGUUUACAAAUCAAAGCUGACCAAAGGGGCUUUGUUCAUUUUUUUCUGGUGCAUCUUAUGUCUUCUUUUUUGAAGCAUCUCAUUUUGCAUAGUGGGUGAUAUUUUGACAGUACAACAGGUUUGUGUUCUUUUCUACAUUAAAUUGUUGAACAUUCUCUUUUGUCUGCUACACAGUUUGGUUGUCUAAAAUGUGCCAUUGAUAAAGCUUGAACACCAUUUAUGCCAAUAUUUGCAGUCAAUGUUCUGUUUCAUGUACAGCAACAGGACAAAGUUGGUUUAUCAUGAUGUACAGAUGUUAACUCAAUAUCAAUCUUUGCAUUAUAUAUUAUUUUCUCAUUAAUAUAUAUUUUUUUCUCUUUAUGUAUUUUUUAAUGUUAUAGAUCAGUUAUAAAUUUAUAGUUUUGUAUUUUUAAUGUAAAUGUCUAAUGUAUAUAAAUG